UUUUUGCGAGUGCUCGGUCCGCCACAUCCUGCUCACGGCUCGCGUGCAAGUCUCGCUUUGGUUAUAGAAAGAGAGCGUGUGUGUGUCCGACAUGGCCAAUCCUAAAGUGUUCUUUGACAUCGCCAUCGAUGGGAAAGCUGCAGGGAGGAUUGUAAUGGAGUUGAGAGCCGAUGUGGUCCCCAAGACCGCUGAAAACUUCCGUGCUCUGUGCACUGGAGAGAAGGGGUACGGCUACAAAGACUCCGGCUUCCACCGCGUCAUCCCAGGUUUCAUGUGCCAGGGCGGCGACUUCACAAACCAUAACGGAACCGGUGGAAAGUCCAUCUAUGGCAACAAGUUUGCAGAUGAGAACUUCACACUGAGGCACACAGGAGCUGGUAUUCUGUCCAUGGCCAACGCAGGUCCUAACACCAACGGCUCACAGUUCUUUAUCUGCACUGAUAAGACCACCUGGCUGGACGGCAAGCACGUCGUGUUCGGAAGCGUCAUCGAUGGCAUGGAUGUCAUCAGAACCGUCGAGAAAAAGGGAAGCAGCAGCGGCAAGUGCUCUGCCAAGAUCACCAUCGCCAACUGUGGCCAACUUUAAAUCUCGCUUCCAGUCAACACCUAGCUUCAGUUUUGUGCAUUCCUUUGCCUUCCUUUAAUUUCCUUAUUCCUGUUCUUAUGGAAACACUUGUUACACAAAACAUGGCUGUUAGAUGCAUCAUAAAUAGAACCUUUUGUUUAACAAAAAAAGAAUUAAAGGUGGAACAAGAACCCUUUGGAUCAUUUUUGUUUUAUUAGAAUUGCCUCAGGUUUUUUUUUUUUUUUUUUUUUUCCUCUCCUUUCAGGGUCAUCAAACGAGUAUUGUAAUUUCUAGGACCAAAGUGGUUAAAUUGUUACAUUUAAUAAUGAAAUGGUGCUGCUGCAAAGUUAAUUUUUGUUGUCCAACUAGCACUUAGUAACUUGGCACUAGAACAUGAAGUAUAUUCAUCCAUGUUUGUAGUGGGAUAUUUUAAAGAAAGCUAAACACUUUGGGAAGCCUAAAGCUGUAGUUGUGGGGUGUUGAUGCUAAAAGCUGUAAUUAAAGAGUAAAAAAUGUGCUUUCAAUGUACACUGUAUGCCUUUUGAGAGGAAAAUAAAUUUUAAAAGCUAA